UUUCUUCUCCUUCAUUAUCAUACCCCACAGUUAUAAAUCAAGUUCACCAUCACAUCAUCACACAACUCUUCAUCAUUUCAUUUUCUCUCUUCUCAACAAUACACACAACACAAACCUCUUCAUUUCUAUCUACUCAAGAACUGUCAAGAACAAGCCAUGGCACGAAAGAAGAUUAGAGCAAAGAAGCAGAAAACGAGAAACCAUUAUGAGCCUCAAAAUGCUUCACCAUCUGAAUCAACCAAUCUUAACAACAUGUCCGAUUCUUGGGAAUGCCCUACCUCUGCUAGAACGAAUUUAACUGAGAAUCCUAAAGAGGUUUCUAUUCGCCGCCGCAGCACCUUAAGAUCAGCUUCAAAGCCUAUUCAAAAUGGAAUAACAUCUUUGUCAAGAGGGCAUUCUUCUGCUCCUGAUGAUUUGGCCGAGACGAUGGAUUCGGUGCAGAAAUAUCAAGGUUUAGAAAAAGAUUCUGAUAAAAAAGAAUCCCCUUCAAAAUACCUAGUUUCAUGUGUUCCUCCUCCAACAUUGGAACUAAUCCCUCUUGAUCAGGAGAUUUGGGAAGGUGAAGCAACAAAUGAUAAUAGGAAGUGUGCUUUAAGGGGUGGAUGUUCAUCCCCAUCAUAUGGCUCGAAACUAUCUGAAAUGGUUGCUAUGAUGGGAAAUGAAAAUGGCCAUGAGGUUGAUUCUGAGAUACUGAGCCGGGCGGAAGACACGGUGAAUGGAUAUCAUGUGAAGAUGGAAUUCAUGCCAAUAUUAAGAAGAAUAAUAGACAAACAUGGCGAUAUUGCUAGGAACUGUGUGACGGAAUCGGUGAAACACCGAUCAGAAUUGUUGGAGAUUAUCUGCGGAAUCAUAUCGGAUUUCGAAAAGAAAGAUGUUCGCAGUAUUAAAGAAAGUUCCUUGAGAGACAAGAUUGCUCUUGUAGAUGGAUUAAGAAAUAUGAAACUGGAAGUUGAAUGGCUGCACGAGAGGCUAACCGAGGUGCUUGAGGCUAAGGAUAUUCUUAUGCAGUCUAGCGAGCUGAAACAGAAAGCAGCUAAGAAUAGGAAGCUUGUGGAACAGUCUGAGUUUGAGUUGGAAGAAUGUGAAGCACAGAAGAAGGAGCUGACUGAGAAGCUGAAAACAGUAUGUGAGAAAGAGGUUCUCUGCAAAGAGAAUUUGGCUAGAGCAAAGGAUGAGUCUGCCGCGACAUCUCGAAUAGUCGGGUUUGCCGUAUCUAAAGUCGGCCGCUUUCUUAAUUGCUCAAUGAUUGAUGCUUUGAUUUAGAUUUUCAAAUUCAGUUUCCUGUUUUCUUAAGUGUAAUGGUUUUAGGAUUGCUUUCUGUGUCUAUUAUGGCUGCAUGUGUAAGAUUAUAGCCAAGUAUUCAGAAUGUUCAUAUGAAUGUGCCUACUUUGGCAGAUAAACAAUUCAUUUUUGUGAUUUUGGUUUAAUGGAAGGAGUUUUACUAUGACUUGUUGAAGAAGUUUCUGGAGUUUCACCCU